UUGGUAAUUGAACAAACCCUUACCUACCAGACCCAAAAAAACAAAACUCUUCAUUCGUGAAUCAUGAUUUGCUGUCCCCACACUAAUGAGAAUGAGAUUGACCCACUUUCAUAUUUAAACCGAUUAGUAACCCUUUUCUUCGUGUGAUGCAUCCGUUGUGUUUCUCACUCAGAAUGAAGUUUUAAGUCAGGAUUUUUGAUUGCAGGGAAGUGGGGUUCACCUUACUGUGAGAGUUCUUUGUUUUCUACCAAAAAAAAAAAAGAGUUCUUUGUUGGUUUCAGAGAUAAUCAUCACAGAUGGCAGAAAUAGCUAAGGACUUAACUGCUGGGACAGUUGGAGGGGCAGCACAGUUGGUAUGUGGGCACCCCUUUGACACCAUCAAGGUCAAGCUCCAAAGCCAGCCUAUCCCAUCCCCAGGCCAGCUUCCCAAGUAUUCAGGUGCCAUAGAUGCUGUUAAGAAAACAAUUGCAACUGAAGGCCCGAGGGGCUUGUACAAAGGUAUGGGGGCCCCACUUGCCACUGUGGCAGCUUUCAAUGCUGUGCUUUUCACUGUAAGAGGACAAAUGGAAGCGUUGUUGAGGUCCGAACCCGGUGCUCCUCUUUCAGUCAGACAGCAGGUUGUAUGUGGUGCUGGGGCUGGAGUAGUUGUAUCCUUCCUUGCAUGCCCCACUGAGUUGAUCAAGUGCAGGUUGCAAGCCCAGAGUGCUUUGGCACAUCAUGGCUCUGCAUCUGGGGCAAGGAAGUAUGGAGGUCCAAUGGAUGUUACAAGGCAUGUUCUUCGAUCAGAAGGGGGUGUAAGAGGCCUCUUCAAAGGUCUGGUACCCACCCUUGGCCGUGAAGUCCCUGGGAAUGCUGUGAUGUUUGGUGUCUAUGAAGCCUUAAAGCAGUUCUUUGCUGGGGGCCAAGACACUUCGGCUCUUGGUAGGGGCUCUUUAAUUGUUGCGGGAGGCUUAGCAGGAGCCUCUGUUUGGCUCUCAGUCUAUCCAACUGAUGUUGUAAAGAGUGUUAUUCAGGUUGAUGACUACAAGAAUCCGAAGUUCUCUGGUUCCAUUGAUGCCUUCAAGAAGAUCCUAGCAUCUGAAGGAGUCAAAGGCCUGUAUAAAGGAUUUGGACCUGCAAUUGCUCGCAGCGUUCCGGCAAAUGCAGCCUGCUUCUUGGCAUAUGAGUUGACUAGAUCCAGCUUGGGAUGAAAGCCAAUUUGAGAUAUAUUACUGAUUUUUUCCUGGCAGCAAAAUGUUUCCGGCAAAUGUUAUUGAUAAUUUAUUGUCGCAUUUUCAGAAACUGUUUUAUAAAAAUUGAAUUUAGAAGGGGAAACAAAAAUUCACAAGACAUCUUCUCAGCAAUUUAGCAUUGACUUGUAAAACCAGGGAGAAUUCAGUAGGGAAUUUUUAGUGCAAUAAAAUCAUUGUUACAAGUUCCA